CGAGCAGCUGCGACUGAUCUGAAUGCUAGGGCACCACGCUCUCACCAGAGGAAGAAUUUUCUAUCUGAAUCAAUUGAACAGAAGCCCUGAAAAUGUCUUACGGGUCCAUUGAUGGAGGAGCAUUUGGAAGCAGGAACCCUUUUGGAGGCCCUUCCAGACAAGGCUACCAGCCUGUUGCCACACAGGUGAGCGCCUCCGAGCUGCAGGAUGUGUUUCAGGAGACCUCCUCCAACAUCUUCCAGAUCAACGCAAAUGUGGUAGCCUUAGAGAAGAGCCUGCAGUCCCUGGGCACAUCUAGAGACACCGCUGAACUGCGACAGAGCCUACAUUCCAUGCAGCAGCAAACCAACAAAGUCAUCACAAGCACAAGUCAACUCAUCAAACAGCUAUCUGAUAUCAUCAGUGGCUCUUCUCGGCAAGACCGACUGCGGCUGACCAGGCUGAAGACAGAACUGUCUGAGUCGGUGCAGCGCUAUGGAGACCUGCAGAAGAAAAUUGCGGAUCGUUCGAGGGCUCUACUCCCUCCAGCACAGAAAGACAGGAAGUCUGCAACGAGUCCACAGACGCCAUUUACGGAGCUAAGUGAGGAGGGGGCGUUGUUCGGCACGGCCGGAGGGACCGAGGGUGAGCAGGCCUUCCUGUCGGAGAUCAGUGAGGAGGACGUGGAGGCCCUCAGGCAGAGAGAGGAAGCGCUGCUGCAGAUCGAGAAAGACAUACUGGAUGUGAGUGCCAUCAUGAAGGAACUGGCCAGCAUGGUGCACGAGCAAGGAGACACCAUAGAUAGCAUUGAGGACUACAUCCAGACCACAUCAUCACACGUGGACCUGGCCAAUCAGGAACUGGCCAAGGCCAGUCAUCACCAGAGGCAACUGAGGAAGAGGAAAUGCUACCUGCUGUUAGCCGGAGCUCUGUUGUUAACCCUCCUCGUCAUUAUCAUUGCAAUCACAGCAAGAAAAUGAGAACUGGCCAGCAAGGAUCUGACUCAGCUGAAACAAGAUGGUUGCCUGUCCCUCCACCCCCUGGUGAACAGCAGCUUCUUCUCUGACCGGGAAAACUGCUUCUGAUCGCUGAGUUCUUCUGAAUGUGUGUGUCUUCAUGGCCCAGCAUCCUUUAAAAAAAACGUCUGGACUGUCCGAUUCUUCUGUUUGUGACCUCUUGACCUUUGGCCAUCUGCUAUCCGUAUCCGCAGCCAGUGCCCAACUGGUACAGGCUUUAAAACCCCUGACAUGUUAGUUUUCAAGCUCCAUUUCAUUUAACAUGAAACCUGUGACAUUACUCCACUUUGCAGACUAUGACUUAAGUACAGGCAGUCUACCUUUCCACUGAACAUAUCCAGAGUGCUGAGAUGUAUUUAGUUUGCUAUGUGCGUAUUUACUUGAUGUCCUUGCUGACCUAUUCAAGGCAGGAAACGUACAGUGUAAAUCUGAUAAAGUAGAUAACAGAGAGAGGGUCACGUAUUUCAAAACAAAAUCUAUUUCCGUUUAAGAACACUAUUAAGGUUAUUCAAUCUUCUCCUAUAUGACAUGAACAUAACUUUAGCCUCUGGCAGUCUUCAGCAGCACAGUGGACAUACCUUUUCGUCUGCUUCUGUGGUUCCUUUGUUCGUUAUUCAUACAGUAGAUGGUUUGGAAUAUAUGCCACUGAACUAUAGUAAAUUAUAAUGUGUUCUGGCUAUUUGUAAUAUGAGAUACUGGGGCUUGGUUGGUGGACAAUCUGCUGCAUACAUACUGUAUAUUUAUUAAGCUGUAAAAAUAUAUAUCGAAACUGUUUAUUUAUUUAUUGUAUGUUUUUAUUUCAUCUAGUUAUAUGUGAAAUAUUUAUAGACAUUGUGCUCUGCUACCAAAACAAAUAGUUGUAAAAGUAGCUGUUUUCCUUUGCAUAAUUUAAAAAGUGAGUUGAUGUAAUGUGUUUGUAAUUUGCUGUCUAGUUUAUUUUUUGUAUUAUAAGAUUGUGAAUCAAAACCGGCAUUGGGCAUCAUGAGCCGUGAUAGCACAACACGGUGUUUUCUUUUUUUUUUCUUAUUCACCUGUAAUGCUGUGUUUGUCAUAAACAUACAAAAAGACCAGAAACAUUUAAUUUAUGAUGAUAUGAGCAUUUAUUUGUGUUUUAGUAAA